AUGUUUCUUCUCUUUUUCGGUCAAACUAUUUCUAUCGAUGGCACCCUUUGUACUACUUGUGCUGCGCAGAAAGCCAAGCAGGCUGGAGAUAGCGAAAAAAAUUGUCUCGAAAAGGCUGUUGUAGCUGCCACAAAAAGAAUGCAAGACGCCUCCACACCAAAUAACAUGUCAGAGCCGCCGGCAACUUCUGCCGCCGAUACUCGGAAUGCUACCACGUCCACGUCUUUUUUGGAAGAAGUCGAUAGAGCAGGUCAGCACACACAAAUCUCUUCCAGGAUAUCUGAUUCAUUGUCAUUAGCCCAAAUUGUUGCCUGCUUUGACAAUUUGGAAGAUUACCGUCUGCGCGGUGAUUCGCCUGAUCUGAGACCUGAACUUCGCCGUUUCUUUGCUCGCAUAAAGUACGAGCGUGACAUAAAUGCAUUGGAGGCAGCUGCUCGACAUUUCUUGGAAAGUUGCGAUAGGGUGUUCCUUGAUAACGCUAAGGAACUAUUCAGAAAAGAAAUUCAAAAUAUUCAUGAUUGCAAAGACGCAUUAGAGAAACUGAUUAGUUCUGAAAGAUUGCAAUGGUCUUUGGAGCGAGAAAACAUGGAACUACAGCUGGAUCGCUAUCGCCGACAAGUGGAACAAUUUCCGAGUAUACACAAAGAAAACGUGGUUAUAAAAUCGGAGUUGAAUGCCAUGAAAACACAGAUUGAGCAAUAUAAGCUAAAGCUACGACAAAAAAGUGAAGAAGUGGAGAGGUUGGAGAUCGAGAGAGAUAGGCUUACAGUGUUGGCGAAAGAGUUCCAGAAGCUAGAUCAGGAAUCACAAAAUGAAGUCAAAGAAGCUAACAGAGUCAUUGACGAACUCGAGAGGAAAGACAAGGAUGCUAGUGCUGAACUAGAAAGAGAGCGCCGUAAGAUAAUUCUAUUGCAAGACGACAUUGAUGCUUACACGCUUCUUAUAAACAACUUGGAAACAGCGAAUAGUGGAUGGAUGCAGAAAGGGCUAAUGCUCAGUAAUUUAGUGCAACAGCUAACAGAAAGCUGCAAGAGACUAGAGAAAAACGAAAAGUACAAUCAAAAAACAAUACAAAUGGUGUGUCAAUGCUUCUGGGAGAGAGAAGAAUAUGUGAAGCGUCUCAGAACAAGAAGCAGUGAAAGGAGGAGACUAAUUGAACGAUUUGUCGAAGAAGUUAGUGCAAUCAUAGCCAAGUUCGGUGGUAACUCUGACCCAGUGAACGAAAUGCAUGUUACGAUCACGUCGUGGGCAUCCGCAGACGAACGGGACGACAAUGACCAUGAUUCAAGAAAACGCAACCUUUGCAUGGAACUUGCACAGCUGAGUUUGGAGCAACAGUCAAGACUAGCCCAACAGCAGGCCCUGCUCAAAUGUAAACAGCAACCUCAAUAA